AUGAAAGGUGUUUUACGAUUUGAAAAGAAAGGGAAGUUGAGUCCUCGUUUUGUUGGACCGUUUGAGAUUCUAGAGCGAGUUGGCCCUAUGCCGUAUCGUUUGGCAUUGUCGUUAUCACUCUCUGUUGUGCAUGAUGUGUUCCAUGUUUCGAUGUUGAGAAAGUAUGUGACAUAUCCACCUCAUGUGGUGGAUUACAAGCCACUAGAAAUUGAUGAGAAGUUAAGCUAUGCAAAACAACUAGUUGAGAUUCUGACUAGAGAGGUAAAGAUGCUACAUAAUAGACGAAUUGCUUUAGUCAAGGUUUUAUGGCGGAAUCACAAAGUUGAAGAGGCUACGUGGGAAAGAGAAGAUGACAUGAGAGCUCGUUAA